GCUGAAUCCUGGGGUACUGGUCGCGCUGUGGCCCGUAUUCCCCGUGUCAACGGUUCCGGUACCCACCGUGCUGGUCAGGCUGCUUUCGGUAACAUGUGCCGUGGUGGUCGCAUGUUCGCUCCUACCAAGACCUGGCGCAAGUGGCACAUCAAGACCAACUUGAACCAAAAGCGUUUUGCCACUGCUUCGGCUUUGGCUGCUUCGGCUCUUCCUUCGUUGGUCAUGGCUCGUGGUCAUCGCGUGGAGAAGAUUGAGGAAGUUCCUCUUGUUUUGGACAACGGUAUCGAAUCUUUGACCAAGACCAAGGAGGCCGUUGCCUUGUUGAAGUCCGUCAAUGCCUAUGCUGACGUUGUCAAGGUCUCCAACUCCCGUAAACUCCGUGCUGGUCUCGGUAAGCUUCGCAACCGUCGUCACCGCCAGCGCCGUGGUCCCCUUGUCAUCUACAACGAAGACAACGGUAUUGUCAAGGCUUUCCGCAACUUGCCCGGUGUUGAACUUGUCAAUGUCCGUCGUUUGAACUUGUUGCAAUUGGCUCCCGGUGGUCACUUGGGCCGUUUCAUCGUCUGGACCAAGAGCGCAUUUGCCUUGUUGGAUGAACUCUACGGUACCUACGAGACCCCCGCUACCUUGAAGAGCAACUACGUCUUGCCUGCUCACAUCAUGACCAACCCUGAUGUCGCUCGCUUGAUCAACUCUGACGAAAUCCAGUCUGUCGUACGUCCUGCUGGUUCCAAGAUCCAGAAGCGCCCUUACACCCAGAAGAAGAACCCUCUUCGCAACCAGGGUGUCAUGAACCGCCUCAACCCCUAUGCUCAGGUCCUCCGUCGCGCCGAAAUCUUGGCUUCCGAGAAGCGCGCCUCUGGCAAGGUUUCCAAGGUUCAGCCCAAGAAGAAGGGUGCCAGCACUGCUGCUUCCAAGAAGUUCUUGGAAACCCUUCACUCUGCUUAAGCGAAUCU